AUGCCGAAGCCAGUGCAGGACUCUAACGGCAUGUCGACGGAGGAGACCAAGACAUGCGAUCACGGAUGUUGCGCUGAAUGUGCACGUUAUCUCCCAACUCGUGCAACAACCCCUGACAUGACGUUCAGCGAGCUUCGCAAGGGGACCGCCAGUCGCAAGUUUGGGUACAGCUCCGCUACCCGCUCUCAUCGUCGAGGCUCGGCUUUGUCCAAGAUCAACGGACUCCUUCCAGUGAAAGAGGACGCAGAAGCAUUUUCAACGUCGACUUCCGGCUCCUCAUCACAGAGCAGCGUCUCUUACAAGUCGUCUGCCGGUAGCAGCACUUCAGUAUAA